CAUAUUAAUACAUACGUGGUAGUAGCUGAAAAGAAAGAAAAUGGGAAGAAAAGCAGAGGUAGCAAUUUGAUAUUGGUAUCUAAGAAUCUGAAAACCAUAUAACAGCGGCGGAGGGGGUUUUGUCUGUCUCUCCUUCUCUCUCUCUCCAUCUCUCAUUCCAUCUCGAUUCUAAUUACUCAUCUUCCCCUAUCUUAAUUUCUCCAUUUUGGUAUCUAAUAACUACAUACCAUACAACAGCGGCGGAGAGGGUUUUUGUCUCUCUCUCUCUCUCCUCCUCCUCUCAUUCAAUCUCCAUUCUCUUACUCAGGUGACUGGGCACUAGAAAAUUAUUGUUAAGCAUACAAAAUUUCAGUUUAUUUUGCUGCAAGAGACAUGCAUCUGGGUUUUUGAGGACACAUUUUCUCUUCGACUUUUUCUGACAGUUUGGUGCCUUUUGAGGAUGGAUCCUUUCUUCUUGAUGGUUGAGACUUAAGUGUUCACUUCAUUUGUGACUUGGUUUUGGUUGCUGAAAAUUUGCUCAACGAAUAGUGUAACUAAUGGAAAAAGGGAGCGAAUUUGUUGUGGGGAGUGAAAGCAUGCACUUAGAGGAGCCUUGGUUUACUGGAAUGGAUACUGAGGAAACUGAAAUGGGACAACCAAACAGUGAAAUUCAAGGCUUUCGCUUGGAAAAAGGUGAGGCAAGCAAUAUGGUUUUCUCGACUGAGGCACCCCUUGUAAUUAAAGAGUCACCAACUUCUGGUAGUUGUAGUUGUAGUCUGAAGAAAAUCAAAUCUACAGUAGCUCCGAAAGGCUCUGAGUUCUGCCAGAAGGAUAAAUCUGGGCACGACAAGAAGCUCAGCCGACAAUAUAGGAUUGAGUUGGGCCAAUUAUUUCAAGGGGCCGUGAGUUCCCAUGAUUGGGAACUUGCUGAGAGUCUAAUCUUGUCGGCAGAUCCACAGACUCUAAAUGAUGCGUUGUGUGUCACCUUGGAUGCUAUCUGGUUUUUGAGCACCCAACAGGAGCUUUAUGGGAUUACUGAUUUGAUUAAGAAGAUCAUUGCCAAUGGUGCUUAUGACUUUACUAGAGCCGCUCUCCGGACUUCAUUUCUUGCUUCUUGCGUCUCUGCUUGCCAGAGUCGCACGAUGACUCUUGCUGACACUGUAACUGUGAUGGCCCAGAGGUUGCACGAGCGCCUACAAGAAUGCCAUGGGGAUGAGGUCUUGAAGGCAGAAGCUGGUGCCAAGGUGCAAAAGUUCACCGAAUGGGCUUUGAAAUGUAUAGGUUCCCAUUCUCGCUGUCAGGGAAGCAACGAUAGAGUGAAUCAUUGCUCAGCUAUUGAAAUACAACUCCAGUUAACUGCGUUUAAGACUUUCCUAGAUCUUGCUGGCAACCAACUUACAGGAAAGGAUUUUACAGAAGCAUUUGAUGCAGCUUGCUUUCCUCUUACUCUCUUCUCUAGCUCAUUUGAUGCUGGUUGGGCUUCUGGGAUCUCAGCUACAGUGAUCCAAGGUUUGUUGGAUAUGUUGGUGGAGGGGGGUGCAGACAAUGUCAACCAGUGUUUCCUUGAAGCCUCUCGAUUCGGCAGUACAGAACUUGUUCGCAUUUUAUUGCAGAUUGCCCAACGGAAUAGCUUGGAUGUUGAUGUUGAUCUUGCCUUGGGUUUUGCCUCGCAUUACUGCAAGAUUGGGACAAUGGAGUGUCUAGUGGAAGAGGGUAAUGCUAUGGCGUUUUUGGGUCCUUUAAUGAGAGCAGCUGAAAGAGGAUGCAUGCAGGUUGUCCAGUGGUUUGUUAAAAGAGGUUGUCGAGACAUGGAGCUCUGUCUGGCCCUCACUGCCGCUACUUCCAGCAGCCAAGUUGGUGUGGCUGCAUAUCUCCUCCCUCAUGUUCCUAAGCAUGUCCUAACGGCCCUCAGCAUUGAAAUUCUUAAGGCUGCGGGUGAACGAAGUGGGGGAUCUCUUGAUGGUGUUGCAUUUCUCCUCCACUCUGACUUCUUAGGUGAUGCUGCUGCUACUUAUGCUGUUGCAGACAGCAUUGCAAAGUCUGAUGAUGAGGCUGUUGCUCCUGAGCUGAGAGCAUUUGUUCAAGAACACUGGUCGGAGGCAGCUUUCUUGGAUGGAUUAAAGCAAGGGCAACAACAUUACAUGAAGCUGAUGAGGAUUUUGAAGAGGGGGGAAUCUCCAAUUUGCUUAAGGGAUCUGCCAGCUCCUUUGAGGGUUGGAAUUGCAUACAUGCCACUGUACAGGGAAUGUGUUGAGGUGGGUGGUCGUCUGUUAUCGCAAAGGCUGAGGGGGCAGCUUGUUGAAGCUGUUCGAAUGCUUGGAGGUGGGUCUUUAGAAGAAGUAAGUCAAGCCGGAGAGCUUCUAGCUACUUUGGAGCAUCACCUUCCUCCAUUUUUGGUUCGUGCUCCCAGUGUUGGUUAGACCUCUUGGAUUUUCGCAUGCCCUUGACCCUAUAUUAUCCCAUGUGCCAUACGUAAUAAUAUCAUUUUAGCAGUUAGUACGUCACAAAGCUUCUAAGUUUGUCAAAUUUCCUUCCAUCGUGUGAUUUGCAGCGCUUCUUCUAUGGCACGUAUAUCAUAAUAUAGUAGGUAUAGAUAUGUUGUUCAUCUAUAAUGCAAGACAGAGAGCAACUAUUUUCGCAAAAAGGGUUGAUAUAAAUAUAUACUAUGAUGGGAUUGUAUUAUUAUCGUUAUAUAUGUAAUCCUAAAGUACUGUAAUGUACUGAUAUCUCCACCUCCACAAGAGUUUUUGUGAACCAGAAAUAAAAUCCUCUUUUCACCAGUACAAA